AUGCUGGGUUGGCGGUGGCCCUACAAGACCUGCGCCAUUGUCCUAAAGAUUCUGUUUGUCCUCUUUACCUUCUUCUAUGAAGAAACCAAGUAUAUCCCCAUACCCAUCGGGAGCACCGAGAACGCCAGCGUCAACCAAGACAGCCUGGAGAGGCUCGACAAGAACUCGCAACCAAAUGCCAAGGCUACUCAGUCUGCAGCCGACCUAGAGUACAAUUCAUUCUCAGCGACUGUCCCACUUCCCAACUCGUACAGACAGCGCAUGCGCACGGGGAUUCAGUGCGCAAACUGCGUUCUGUUUCUCGUCCUGCUUUCAACCAUCAACUCGAUUGCCUUUUCGAGACCACCAUACAACUUCAACACUACCAAAGUCGGUCUAAUGCUGCUGGGGUCCUUUGUCGGCAAUAUGAUUGUAAGCAUCUACGGCGGCUGGCUCGGUGAUUCGCUCAUUGUGCGGCUUGCCUUGCGUAAUGGCGGCAUCUUUGAGCCUGAGAUGAGACUGUAUAUUCUGGGAUUGCCGGCGCUUUCGAUGGGAGCUGAACUUGUUGUCUACGGAAUGACUGUUGACCGAGGUCUUCAAUGGAUCUACCCCAGCAUCGGCGGUGCCCUCUUCGCCUGUUGA